AAAAAAAAAAGGAGAAGAUGGAGAGACAGUGAGCUGGAUGCCAACCCCCAUUAACUCCAAAAGAAGAAGAAGAAGAGGAAGAAGACAUGAGUGAGAACCGCACUGUGACUGUCACGUUAGAAACUGGUAAAACAACAAGUUUAAUGCGUGUGAUAGUAGCUAGAUGUACUUGUAGACUGCACGAAGAGUGAGUUGCAGACAUUUGACUAAGUUUACAGUGUGAAAGUUGAUGGUUUUGAGGAACUCGGUUAAAGUUUUCCACGUGGAGAAAGAGUUUACGGCUAGUCAGCACGAUUUAGUUACAAGGACUUUGCCUGCUCUUAAGCACUUAUCUCCAGAACCAUCCUCUGCUUAGCUGUCGGACGACGUCUUCAAUCAACAGCAUCGCAAGCAUUGCGUUGCCGCGGCGGGAAGGACGACUCGCCCACCAGCAUUACUACAGCAGUCCGUGGCAUUCCAGACCCGAGAAGCAGUUCCAGUUCAAGUUCUAGCAGUACGAAGACAAACAGACCCUCUAAUACAAUGCAUCAUAGACAACAAUGCAGAGACACUUGGCAUAUUAUUAGAAGGUAGAGAUAUUAAUGGUUUGUACUGUUCUGAAGACUGGAACGAUGAUGUUACACCACUGAGAGAGGCAGUUAUAUGCCGUAAUGAAGAAAUCUGCUCUUAUCUACUUGAAGAGUCGGCUGAUCCAAACAAAAGUUAAAAAAAAUGGACAAACACCUCUACAUUAUGCUGCUUUAAAAACUGAAGUUCCAAUGACUAUUGUGGAAAGAUUACUUGCAGUAAAGGCUAACCCACAUGGACAUGGAUCACAAAAGUUGACUCCACUGCAAUUUGCUGCUAAAUAUGGCCGCAAAGACAUUGUGAAAGCACUUAUAAAGGCUGGAGCUUCACCUGCAUUGAAAUUUGGGAUUUAUCGUGAUCUUGAUGAAAAUGUUGAGAAAACAAGUUUUCAACUAUUUUCACAGGAUAUAUAUGUCUUUUCGUUUUGCUUGUGCUGUACGAAUGAAAAAUCAUAAAGAAGUUAUGAACAUCUUUGAAAAACAUUUCUUUGAAGAAGAUCCUUCUGUGACUGAUUUAUUUUGAGAAAUACUUUGGUGUAGAUUGUCAGGAUGCAGAGGAGUAUCGUCAGAGCGCCAUCAAGUGGUUAAAAGAUACAAAGAAUGCUGACAAAUACAUUGAAGGAGUCAUGAAGCGCUUCCCAAGAAUUCCUCAGGAACAUUGGCCGAUUGCACUAAGCUGCCUCAAAGUUGCUUUGUGUGUCAGUGAAAUAAUCUCUUCUCAGCUAUUCAGUGAGCUCGUGCCAAUUCUAACAAAGAGACUUCAGCCAUUUGGAAACAGAAAUGGUGAAAAAGUCAACCUUUGGAUACUCAAAAUACUCAAUGUCUUGAUGCAGAAGACAUCUGAGCAGAAAGAGAGAUCGAACCAUUCUGUCUAUGAGAAGCUAUGCCAAAGUCUGAUGCCUCUCACACGUCCUGAUUAUUCAAAUCUAAUUGGAAUGUGGACAUAUUGUGUUUUUGCCAACAUCAAUGACUUCAUUCCUGAUCUUGUGGCAUUUGGUGAAUUGCCUUCAGUCCCAGAGAGUAUACUGAUCAUUGCACUGAUGGAAGAUGAAGCCAUAAACAAAAAGCUACAAAACCUGAACAUAUCACUCAAACGUAGAUCAGGUGUGAGGGAUGGUCUGCAUGGGGAGAUUGUUGGUCCUUCGAAGAGCAGGAAAAGAAGGAAAAAGAAGAAAAUCCAACAAGAAGUGGGAUCACAAGAAUGUGAUCCAAACACUGUAGUGAAAUCCAAUGAGGAAUCAAAUUCAAGUGUGCAGCCAUUCACAUCAAAAAUCUCAAAAAGGUGGUAUCAGACCAGUCGCCGUUGGAGACCUAAGCUUGAGAAGCUAGCUAACAUGGAUAUUAGCCAUACCAUUAAGGUGGGAAACAUUACUCUUGUACCCCAUGAAGAAUUUCGGAUUGCUAAAGGAAGUGAUGGAACAGAAGUUUUUCUUGGAUUGAGGGAUGACGGCAGAGAGGUGGCUGUGAAACGAAUGAAUAAGUCUAAUUACCUACUCCUCAGAAAUGAGGAGGAAUUCCUACGACUUCCACAACUUGAAAGUUCCUCUAUUGUGCAAUAUGUGGACUUUGCAGAAGAUGACAAUUUUGGAUAUCUGGCUCUUCACCUUUGCGAAUACACACUGGAGGAAUACAUCCGAGAGCAUUUACCAGAUAAUAGCUCUGAGAAAACUUUGGUUCUGAAGAAGCUGGUGAAGGAAGUUCUCUGCAGCUUACAGGUUUUACACCAACCAAAAACCAAUAUACUCCAUCGGGACAUCAAACCCCAGAAUGUUCUGAUAGACAUACAUGAAAAAGCUAGAUUGUCUGAUUUUGGCAUAAGUCGUCGGAUGGCGAUAAGCCAAACAACUUUACAAACGAGCAUUGCUGGAACUAGAUGCUGGAAGGCAAAGGAGGCCUUAGUUGAGAAUGACAACAUUGGGUACAAGAAGAGCUCCGACAUUCAGGUUGCUGGGAUGUUAGUGUACUACAUUCUCUCUGGAGGGCACCAUCCAUUUGGUAGAGGUCCAUAUUGUGAAAUCAACAUUCUAGAAGGAAAUUACUCACUGGAACAUCUGGACGAUUUAGUAGCGAAGGAUCUUGUUGAGUGGAUGAUCAAUGAAACUCCAGACAAAAGACCAACUGUGGAACAGACCCUUGCACACCCCUUCUUCUGGACUGAUGAAAGGAGAGUGGAGUAUAUGAAAAAAGUGGGGAACCAGAAAGAAGCCGAGAACUGUCGUAAAGUGGAUGCGGUUCUCCUUCGUACCAUUGAAAAACACACAGAGGGGAAAAGCUUUUCUGAAUGGAAAACUAAACUGCCACGUGAGCUUGUCCAAAAACUGGAUGGUAAGAAGAAACCCUAUCCUGGGAACCUACUGGGCCUGCUGCGUUUUAUACGCAACCUACACGAGCAUUAUCCAGAGGAGGCCAAGCACAUCAACCUGAUGGCUACCUUCCCUGAUCUCUUUGGAUGUGUGUUCAAGUUGGCAAAGGAGAGAGGAUGGAACUCCAGGACGACUCUGGAAAAGUUCUUCUGUUCAGUUCCAGACAUUUGAUUGUACAGGAUUCCAUUUAGAAUUUCUAUCAUAUUUUGGAACCAUUCCUAUAGGAUUCCAGUAGAAAUUGUCUUAUUGGAUAUUUAUGUCCUGUCCUAUAAGAUUCUUAUGUAUAGGAUUCUGUGGGAACUGCCUUAAAAGACAAUAGAUAAAUAUCCUGUAGGAUCAUUUCUACAGGAUUUUAAUAUGAUCCAACUGGGUCCCUAUUCAGGUCUAUAUGGAAAUUGGUAUUUUUUUAUUUUUUUUUAUUGUAAAUCUUAAAGAAUUUUUAAGAAUCCUAAAGCUGCACUUUUCCAUUUCAUCUUUUACUAACCAACAGGGGUUUUUGAUUGUCUUACCAUUUACUUCAUGUAGACAAUAUUCAUUGUUCAAUACAUGUUGCUCAACCUGCAGUCACAUUAUAAACAUUGGUGAAGAUUGGUGAAAUAAAAGACAAAUCAGCAAA